AAUAUGGAACAGCAGUUCUCCGAGAAUCUAACAUUAGCUAGAUUUGAAGCACAAUGUUCGAAAUCGGUAAGAGAAUACUCAGUCCCACAAAUCCCAGACGAUCUACUUAUCAUUAUAUUCUCUCUUGUCACGGGAAAGUCUGUAGCAAGGUUUCGUUGUGUUUCGAAACACUGGGCAUCCGUACUUCGCCGUUCUGAUUUCACUGAGUUAUUUUGGACCAAGUCUUUGACUCGUCCACGUCUCCUUUUCACCAUAAACUUUAAUGGCAAGUUGUUCUUCUACUCUGUACCUCAGCCUCAUAAUCCAGAUGAUAACUCUUCUCUUGUAGCCACCCCAUACCAAACGUGUUCAUUUCCAAAACGUCUUCUUGCUAAUAUAUUUAAACCACUCUGUGGAUUGGCAUUGCUCAUGGACGAGCCGGUGAUUUGUAACCCUGCCACUGGAGAGUUCCUAACCUUGCCCAAAGUUCUUCUAGAAGAAAAAGACUUACCCAACCCCAAGGAGUUUUCAAAAAUGUUUUGCUUAGGAUAUGAUCCGGUCGGAAAACAGUUCAAAGUGUUGUGUAUGACCUCUUCAUCAUUUGAUGAAAGACUAACUACUCAUCUGGUUUUGACGCUAGAGUCUCGAAAGCCUUUAUGGAGAAAGGUGGAACUCAAAUUCCUUUUUGUGAGAAACCGUAGAAUGUCAUAUGGUUCUAUAUGUAUAAAUGGUGUUUUGUAUUUCGGAGCUGAGUUCGGGAAAUCUACUGUUAUGGUAUGCUUCGACGUUAGGUCUGAGAAGUUCCGCUUUAUAAACACAGAUGAAGUCAUGGAACAAGAUAGGCGUUUUGAACUUUUCAACUACAAAGGUAAAUUAGGUAUACAUCGUAACAGGUAUAAUAGAUAUGAGAAUAGAUAUGAGAAUAGAUUUGUGUUGUGGGUUCUAGAAGAUGCUAGGAAUCAUAAAUGGUUCAAGCAUGUCUUGGAAUUGUCUCCUUACGAGGAAAAGAUGGUCGAGAAUACCAAGAUUGUUGGAAUGACUGGUACAGGUGAAAUUGUAUUCGCGUCGUACUCGUACCUCCCAAUCAGCUGGUGCCGCGUUGUCUUCUACAAUAUGGAGAGAAAGACUUUUACAAGAGUCAAAAUUGAGGGAUUUGAAGUUGAAGAGCCUAGGGUGAAAAAAUAUAUAGAUACAUUAAUAGACUAUGCAGAGAAUGUGGAGUUUAUGUAA